UUUUCUGGCGUACAACGAGAAUCCACUGCCGUACUAUUUUUUUUGUUUAUACAUCCUCUUCCGGAGAACACGCGUUGGAGCGGCCUCGUCUAGAAUGGGGAACCGAGACGAUGAAUACGAUUUCUUGUUCAAAGUCGUCUUAAUCGGGGACUCGGGCGUAGGGAAGAGCAACCUGCUCUCUCGAUUCACACGGAAUGAGUUCAACCUCGAGAGCAAGAGCACCAUCGGGGUGGAGUUCGCCACGCGCAGCAUUCAGGUGGACGGCAAGACGAUAAAGGCUCAGAUCUGGGACACAGCAGGACAGGAGCGCUACAGGGCCAUUACCUCUGCGUACUACAGAGGGGCGGUGGGGGCUCUCUUAGUCUAUGACAUUGCCAAACACCUCACCUAUGAGAACGUGGAGCGCUGGCUGAAGGAGCUGAGGGACCACGCCGACAACAACAUCGUCAUCAUGCUGGUUGGCAACAAGAGCGACCUGCGCCACCUCAGGGCCGUGCCCACAGAUGAGGCCCGGGCCUUCGCAGAGAAGAACAAUCUGUCAUUCAUAGAAACUUCAGCCUUGGACUCAACAAACGUUGAAGAGGCCUUCAAGAAUAUCCUAACAGAAAUCCAUCGCAUCGUCUCACAGAAACAGAUUGCUGAGCGGUCUGCCCACGACGAGUCCCCGGGAAACAAUGUGGUGGACAUCAGCGUGCCACCAACCACCGACGGCCAGAGGGGGAGCAAACUGCAGUGCUGUCAGAACCUGUAACCCUCGGCAACCGCCCCUCCUCACCUGGGUCGAUUAUGAAUUGAAAUCCGCAGUGUUGGUAGGCGUCCAUUCGCCCGGGUUGCCACAUCGUCUGAAUGUGCACCCUUUUAGAUCAGUGGAGUCCGUUCUGUUAUGCCAUAAAUGAUCACUCCCAAAUCAAGUGUUUCAAUUGAUUUCAAAUCCUAAUCUGACCCAGGUACAGUCUGCCACAUCCUAGUGUAAAAACAGAACUGAUGGCCUCUCGUAAGUAGCUGCCAGUCGCCCCAUGAUAGAGUAGCAGAAUAGUGUUUUGCCUGGGACGUUGUAAGCCCAGGCCCCCUGGUAGACGGUUAUUGCCACAAGCUGGAGGUCUGCGUUCGAUUCCUGCCUGUUUCAGUCGUACCAGCAGUCCUGUUUUUGGGCUCCCCUCCGCCUCCUAGUCAUCAUCUCAAAAGUGGUUGUAACGCUACUGAUGCUUAUUUCAUUUUGUGUAAAAUAUAUUCUUUUGUUUGUUUUGAUAGCUUGUCUGCUCACAUACAUUAUAUUAAUGCCAUGAAAUUAAAUUUUACAAUAUUA